GUCGUGGCGUCGAGCUUCGGGCGUGGCGAGCGGCACCUCUUCACGCUUGCGGCAUUGAUGAUCAUCAUAUUCGUAGUCGGCUUCUCGCUUUUCAAGUUGUCCGGCAUUUUUAUACCGUUCAUGAUCGCUUUCUUCUUGUGUCAAUUGCUAGAGCCUGUCGCAGCAACUCUGGCGGGACCGCGUGCGACGCUUCUGAAGCGCAUCUGGAAAGCAGAGUACGGAUGCGACGAAGGCGACCAUAGUAGUGCCGCGGAUGGUACAACACGACAAGAACCUGCUGGAGAUAGGCAACCAGAAGUUGGACGAGUGCUGGAGACGAACGUUGCGACAAAAACUGGUGACAAAACUUCUACUUCAAUCUAUACAACCAGGCAAGGCGAAGGGGACGCCGACGUGCAGCAGGCAGCCUGCGUUUCACAGGACGGAGAAGCGAGGAACGAAGAUGAGACGUUCGGAUUGCAGGUAGAAGAUGAGCAUGUUUCUCUAGAGCUGGCGUCAUCGCAUUCAUCAGCGAGGAACAGCCGCUCAUCAAACGCGAGGCUUCUCGGGGAUCGUCCUGCUGGUGGAGCGACAACUCGGACGCAGCAGAGACACGCGGUUGGCGCGGCUGAUGCACGGACCAUCGUACAACGUCAUGGCGCGAACAGAGGCCCAGUUGCGAAAACGUGGCUUGGUCGGCUAUGCAGAGAAACAUCGCGCAGAAUUUUCCUAGUGUUCACGGACAUCUUCAUAAUUGUUUUCUGUUUAGCUUUGCUCUUUGCGUCGGUUUUCUGGCUCAUUUUUGGGCUCACAAAAGCACUUGCGGAUGCUCCGGAUGUCUUCAACGCGUACAUUCACGGGGGAAAAGUCAAGCAGCUCAUAGAGUACUUAAGCAGCUGAUUAAAGGUUUCCUUGAGAUCGAUUUAGUACUUCAGUUGUUUCACACGCACCUUAGUAUCAUGUUCAUUUUCGUCAAAAACCUCAUCCUCAACGACCUGUACCUCACCCGAAUUAUGCAUAGAUGAAGGAACAAGAUUGCGAUAGUAAUUUACUGAAUUAAAUCUUCAGUUUCCUUGAGGCACACGGUAUUCACAUGUCAGCAGCGGAUUUGAUUGAGAAGAUAGAGGCGCCACUGGAGGGCCUCAUAACAGGCCUGCUCAGUUUCCUGGAGACCUCGGUGCUGGUCGUGAUGAUGUUGGGAUUUUUUUUAGUAGCGUCUCUGAAUCGAAUGCAUCCCAAAGUUGUGCGCCAGGGAAAUGCUGACUCGACGGCAACAGGACGUGACGAUUCGGGCGAAGGCAGCAGUGGCCUAGCUACUCCACUGGAGAGCCCAUUUUUCAGUCGAGAAGAUCUCUUGAUGGAGUUAUCCUCUGACAAUGCGCCAAAUAACGGAAACGCUGAUUCAAUAACACAGCAAGGUGGCCACAUGAAUAAUGUCGCAGAUGAACAGCAACAGCACAUUAUAGUUGUUCUUCAAGGUCGCGCAGACGCUUCAUCACGAAGAAGAUUUUCACUUAAGGCUGAUGAAAAUUGAGUCAUCUCCGCCAAUUCUUUUCGAAGGCUGUUACCACGAUGAAACUCUGAGACAGAGACACUGAGCUUUGGGUAUGCAUGCUAUUGCUAAAGUAAUCUCUAAUUCGAAGCAGAGGAGGACUUCUCUAUCAUCUGGAGGUCGUGAUGGUGAAACGGGAGGCGAUAGUAGCAAUAAUUUUGCCCUAGGGAUCAUAGCGCAGGCGCGAAGAACAGUCCAGCUUUUCAUUCUCUUGAAGACUUUCGUAUCAGUACUGGACGGAGCUCUUGUGGGGAUCCUGUUCGCCGCGGUAGAGGUCGACUUCUGGUUUGUUUUCGCUGUGCUCACUUUCUUGCUGAACUACAUUCCCUCAAUUGGCGGCGCAAUAUCUCUGGCUGGGCCCACGGUCUUCUGCUUCCUUGAUCCCACAAAGACGUUUGCAGACUUCGUACUCACUAUAUGAGAAAUGUAAAAAAGUCCUAGUCCAAAUACACGAAUCAUUAUUUUAAUGCAUUCGAAGUUUGUCGCAAUCUAGUAUCACUGCUAAUGUUUCAUCUCUUUCUUGUGACUAGUGGAUCUGGGUUGAAAUAGUAAGAGCCAUCAAAAUAUGCAAAAUGAGAACGAGGGGGCAAUCUCGUAUUUCUGUUGUGACUGUAGCUUUCCCUCGUUUUGUAUGUAUUCCUUCAUUGCAACUCGGUGGGGGCUUGUUGUGUCACUUUUUCGUUGGGAAUGUGGUGGAACCGAGCCUUUUUGGAAACGCUUUCGAGAUGCAUCCGAUAGUGAUACUCUUCGCUUUGGUUGUCUGGGGUGCGCUAUGGGGCAUCACCGGUGCGAUUAUGAGCGUACCGCUAACCUGCUGCAUUAAAUUGGCACUCUUCCCGUUCAAGGAACGACACCCUUACGCACUGGUGACUUUCUACCUGCUCGAGUUCUCAUUACCCCCAGCGGAGAGCUGGGCCGCGCUCGAGCGUCAUCAGAGAGGCGCGGGAGUACCAAGAAGCACGGACCAUUUGGAUGAUGUGUGCGCGGCACUCUCGGCACCCGAUAGAACCACGCUUGUAACAGCUCCGAGUGCUCGACCAGUGGUCGAAGAUUCCAUGUCGAGGCCAAGCUCCACACGUUUGACAACAGGGCUUCUUGCCAACCACGGAUUCUCUGCGGCACGAUCAGGAUGAAGGUCCUUCUUUUCGGAGUCGGUCUUCAAUCUAAUUUUCUUAUACGUAGGGACCUUCGCUUGUCGAUGUGCGUACUCCGAAAAGUCAAGCCGCGUAAGCUCCACUUCUCCGUUCCAGAGACCGACAUCGGACAUGGGGUUUAGGGGAACCCCCGCUCUACAACCUCCUUCGUUUUCCUUGUAUAGCAUCGACUCAGCAUGUGCUUUUGCUGGGUUGUUCUAUGAAGGAUUGCGAUGCGUCCAAGAUGCUUCAAUUUUGUUCGCGCAGCUAAGCUAGUGUAACGUUUUUUCUAGUGUAGCAUGUUUGCGAGGCUCUUCAGCAGCCGUUCAAGUCUGCCACAUCGGAUGGUAGGCCCCAACCUAACCUAGCCUAACCAUAGCCUAGGCAUUCCAUUUGAGAGCCAUCUCGCAUGAGAUUUUCGAAGUUGUGUAAGAAAGAAG